GUUAGUCUUGUAAUGUGCCUCUCAUACUCUUUGUGAAGCUCAUCAGUGACGGAUCUGUAACUGAAUAAUGUCUUCGGAUUGGGACAGCACCAUAAAUGCAGAUGGAUAUGGAUUUGAUGAUUGGGAUGAAUUAUUUAAGAACUACACAGGGGGAAAUGAAGAAGAUUACAGCACAUCUGGAAAUGUGGACUUGUGUGAUCUUGGGGACCGCAUGCGCUUCAAGGCCAGGUUCAUCCCGGUGAUGUACUCCCUGGUGUUUGUGGUGGGACUCCUGGGGAAUGGGGCUCUGCUGGCAGUUCUGUUCCGCAGCAGAAGAGGCUGGAGUGUGACGGACACCUUCAUCCUGCACCUGUGUGUGGCAGAUGUGCUGUUGCUCCUCACCUUGCCUCUGUGGGCCUCUGAGGCUGUGAGUGGCUGGACCUUUGGGACUUCCCUGUGCAAGGUCACAGGGGCUAUGUUCACGAUCAAUUUGUACUGUGGGAUCUUUCUGCUGGCCUGCAUCAGCUUGGACCGGUACUUGUCCAUUGUCCAUGCCACGCAGAUGUACUCCCGGAGGAACCCCUGCAUGGUCCAAGGGAGCUGUCUGUUUGUCUGGUUGUUCUCCAUGGUCCUCUCUAUCCCAGACUGGUUAUUCUUCAAAGCCCAGAAAGAUGUCAGACGCAACAUAACUGAAUGCAUUCACAGUUACUUCAUGUAUGGCACCGAGGCACUCAAAGUGGGACAAAUGGUGACCAGUCUGAUCUCUCAUGUGGUGGGUUUCCUGUUGCCUUCUGCUGUUCUCAUCUUCUGCUACACCUGCAUCCUCCACCAGCUCCGCUGUGGCACCCAUAGCCUUCAAAAGCAACGCGCGUCUAGAGUCAUUGUGGUUGUAGUGGCUGUGUUCUUUCUCUGCUGGAGUCCUUACAACAUCACUCUUAUGGUGUACAUGUUCAGCUCUGCUAACAGUACCAACCAGACUUGCAAUGAGGGGAGUAGGAUGGAGAGAGCCAAAAUCAUCACGUCUUCACUGGGGUACCUCCACUGCAGCCUCAAUCCAAUCCUGUACGCCUUUGUGGGGGUCAAGUUCCGUCGGCAGCUCCUGGGUCUCCUCAGCUCCCUGGGCUGCGACUUCAAGACCAGAGCACGCUUCCCGUCUAUGGCUAGUAGUCGCAAAAGCUCCAUGUGGUCUGAGUCCGGAGACACGAGCAAUUCUGUUGCAGUCUGAGGGAUCACAUGAACAUUACACAAAAAUACAAUAAUACAGGGUACAUUCAUAUUCUUAUUUUUGUAUCUUAUGUAAUACCUCUUAUACCUUUUGGCUUGUUCUUCACAUCAUCAUCACUGAAAGUGAUGUAUAUAUUGAUUAAGGUUUUGCUGUCCUUCCCAACAGUAUCUCUUCAAAAGAUUAAAAAAAACAAAAACAAAAAACAUACUGUUUUCUUGUGUAUAGAUGUGAAUUUUGUGAAGACCAUAAAAAUGUGUAUUUUUGAUUAAAUGUUUAUAUUUCCA